UAUAUAUAUAGUUAUAACUUAUAAAUAUCCUUAGACCUAAUCCUAUCUCUCAUUGAACAAAUACGAGAACAUGGAGAGGCAACAGCAAGGGAAAGGGAAGGAGAAAGCGUGGGUGAUAUGGAAUAUCAGCAUGUGCCCGAUUCCGGAUGGUGUUGAUCCUCGUGUGAUGGGUACGACAAUACAAAAGGCGUUGGAAAGUGCAGGCCACGUCCGCCGCUAUGAUCAGAUCUCCAUCACCGCCUUUGGCAACAACCUGAUACAAAAGCAAGACGUCACGAGGAAGCUCUAUUCUACUGGAAAAAUUUCUCUUAUGCAUGGCACCGAAUAUCAAACGCAACUCUUAAUUUGGUCCCAAAGAAAUCGUCCUCCGGCUACUAUGAUGAUCAUAGACAGUCAUGAGCGACUGGGAGUGGGAUGGUUAGCUUCUACACUUUCGAACCUUAAAGAUGAGGGAUACACAAUUCUUCUUGCAUAUCCUCAAUGUGACGGCAUUGCCAAACCCUUGCCACGUUCCUAUUCUAAACAGUGGUAUUGGCAAGACUUAGUGUCUGAUGAACAAAAGACAAUAACAAGCCUUGAUCUUAAGGAAGAUUGUUAUGAAAGGAAUAUUGUAUUCUGCUCAUUAUGCUAUUUUGAAUCCCAAAUCUUUGAAGAUUUACCCACCCAUCUCAAGACUGAAGGACAUGCAUAUUCUGAGUGGAACCACUCUUGUGAUGAUAGUGUGGACUGGCUGAACCUUGCUAACUUGCACCUUGGUCGAUCAGAGGAGUGGGACUUUAGGGCGGCUGAAGAUUUCUUUACCCGUUUAUUGUUCAAGUACGGGGACCACCCCGACCCUGUUGAUCUGAUUAAUCAGAAUAAGGAGUUGGACAUUCUGGCGGCUCGAAAAUUGCUUACCCAUUUAAGGGAAAAGUACGGCGUCAAUCCCGGCUACCUUGUGACCUGCUGGUUUGAAGACUUAUAUGAAUCUGAAGAAGAAUAAGCUUGGCGAAGAAGCGGCGAGGAGGGUGUUGCAGUUUUCAUAUGGUUUACUAGGGUUAAACCCGCCCUUGAGUGAACAAUUCUAAAAACAACUAAAAACAUUUCAAAUUGCAGAAUAUAUUUGAAUAUAUUUUUUUUUAUAUAAGUGUUGUGUAAUCUUUUGCAUUAAUCUUUAGUGAUGCAAAAAAUUAUGAUAAUUAGAUAUUAUGUUUUACA